AUCCGCGCCGGAGAUUGACGUAAGGGGGCGGGGCCCGCCGGAGCGCCCGGAGAAGCGGACUGGGGGCGGCGGGUGGCCGGGCUAUGGACCGCUACGCGGGCCCCGGGGACGAGGCUGCGGACCGGACCCGGCAGCAGGAGCGACACUACCAGCUGCUGUCAGCGCUUCAGAGCCUGGUCAAGGAAUUGCCCAGCUCCUUUCAGCAGCGCCUGUCCUACACCACGCUCAGCGACUUGGCCCUGGCGCUUCUCGACGGUACUGUGUUCGAGAUCGUGCAGGGCCUUCUGGAGAUCCAGCACCUCACCGAGAAGAGCCUGUAUAACCAGCGACUGCGGCUGCAGAACGAACACCGAGUGCUCAGGCAGGCUCUGAGGCAGAAGCAUCUGGAAGCCCAGCAGAACUGCCGGCCCCACAACUUGCCAGUGCUCCAGGCAGCUCAGCAGCGUGAGCUGGAGGCCAUGGACCAUCGAAUCCGGGAGGAGCAGCAGGCCAUGGACCGCAAGAUUGUCCUCGAACUGGACCGGAAGGUUGCUGACCAGCAGAGCACACUGGAGAAGGCAGGGGUAGCUGGUUUCUACGUGACCACGAAUCCUCAGGAGCUGACGCUGCAGAUGAACCUGUUGGAACUCAUCAGGAAGCUGCAGCAGAGGGGCUGCCAGGUGGGGAAGGCAGCCCUGUGACCAGGAGGCUGCUGUCCUCCACUGCCUUGUCACUGUGCCUGACGCUUCGGGGAGCUACUGCGUGUCCAGCUGCAACAGGUGUGUCUUUGUGAGGAGACGCUGAUUAGAUGCUGACUGCACCUGCUGCUGUCCUCCGUCCAGAUUUGGGGGAGGGGUCCAAGCAACAGGAAUGAUAUCACCAGAAGGUCCCAGGACUGAAUGUUGAGUAGGGCUGUGGAUUCUAGUGCCUUCCCCUCUGGGCACACCCACAUUCCCUCCAGGCUUGGCUUUGGCUUGUUCUUGGUGUGGCCCCUCCCUUGACAGCCCCAGCUCUGGGUAGAAGAAGCUCCAGAGCCCAAGUCCUGUGUGGCCUAGAAAAAUAAAGACUCCAGCACAUGGUUUGUGUCCACGCUAGCUAGGAUCCUCUCCUAGUGGUUCUGGCCGUGCUGGAGCCAGGAGAGGCAGAGACCAUAGGCAGUGGCCUUCUGAGAUACCCAGUCAAGCCCUUAUGCCUUUCAUUGUCAAGAACCCACCUCCAAACUGCUGCGUGAAACUGGAGAACUUAGCAGGCGGUGGGGGACCCGCCACAGAGCCAGCUAGGGCUUGAGUUACUGGAGUGGAGGGCACAGAGGGACAGGAAUUGGGGGCUGGGCCUCAGCAUUUGUGUGCUGCCCGCACUCACCCACAACCUGGAAUGCGAGUGGCUGGGUGUCCCCAGUGGUUGGAGUAACUACAGGUAAUAUUCCAUCCAGGCCAGCCCCUCUGCUGCUCAGAGCUGACUUCAUGUGCAGGCACUAAGAAAGGUGAUGGUUCUCAGUUACAGCACGAUUUAUUGACUAAACAGGCUUGGAAGGUGGGUUAGACCCUGGCAGGUGUUCUGAAUUGGGGCUCUGUAGCCUGCAGAGGUGAUCAGUGCCCACUCAGAAUAGUGGGGCAGCCCCCAGUGGCUCUGGCCAGUCCCAUACCUGAGUGUCUGCUCCUGGAGGUGCAGGAUGUCCUGGGGGCAGCCCCCACCUCAGCACCUCAAAGACUUGGAUAUAAGAAGGUGAACCCAGCCAGGGUAGUUUAGGCUAAGGAAUCCCAGCCCACCCAAAGCUGUGCCCUGUCUGAGGCCCCGGAGCUAACAGGUUGAGUGGAGUAGGUGUGGGCAUGGCUUCUGCGUGACUAGGCCGGGUGGUGGAAGAGGUCGCCAGUGCGCAGGCGCCUGUAGAGUUCCUGCCAUAGCAGCCGCCUCUCUCGCUGGGCACCUUUCAUGAUGCUGCUGUUCUCCAGGGCACGGCGGGACAGGUAGGGCAGCACCUCCAUCACGGGACCGUAGGGCACAUACUUGUACACGGGAAAUCCUGCCUGGCCUGCACACACACAGCUCUGAGUGCCCAUACUCACCAUGUGCCUCCCACCCCCCUGCACACUCCCAGGACAACCCAGCUCACCUAGUGGGAAGCUAAUUUGGUCACACAUCCCCAGCAGCUGUCCGAAGCACACCUGGCCAUCAUCAGGAUGCAGGCCUAACUCCUCCAUCCUGUGAAGGGGGCCAGGCUGGUGAGGACCCCACCCCAGGACACAGGCACCCUGAUGCAGCUCUGAGUCCCUCUUCACCUACAUUCUAGUCUGUCUCCAGUGGGCUGGGACAGGGAUGUGGGCUCUGCUCUACCUAUCUAGGUCUUUCCCACAGGAAGAGCCAGGGCAACUUGCUUUUCCCCACCCCACCACCUCCGACAUCCCCUCUCCACCUCCAGUGCCCCCUGUAGUGCUCUGAGCCUUUGCUCUAGUGACUGGUACGUCAUUCUCCCUUGCUGGCUACACAGCUCUUAUUUGGUCAGAAUGGAAAGCAGAUGUCUUACGGCUGUCACAUGCCAUCAACAUGUUGACUCAAAUAAAUAAAAUCAUUUUUAACUAGCCUA